AACUUUCUCUCGCCUCUUCCGGUGUCCCACUUCGGUUUUCUCUCGCUUUAUCGGGAUUAUGACCGUGAGCCUUCACGUAAACCAACAAUCAGAUAAUAAAUGCGAACUUUCGACUUUCUCGGACUGACUGGUCUUCUGCACCCUCGAGGUGUCAAAUUAACUUGUGCAUUAGUGUUCAGACUGCGCGAUGUGUGCGGAAGAGUCGUGUGAUAUAGUGGUCGUGGGCGCCGGCCUGUCCGGACUCAGCGCGGCGCGAGAUCUGCAGAGAAGAAAUAAACAACUCAACGUGUUGGUGCUGGAGGCCAAAGAUCGUGUCGGUGGACGGACUUUAGGUGAAAAUUUACCUGCCGCUGAUGGAAUGGACCUCUGGGAUAUGGGGGGACAGUGGGUUGCCAGCUCACAAACCCAUGUUAUGGAGCUCAUAAAAGAACUUGGCGUUGAGGUCUACCCACAGUUCAGCGAGGGCAAGAAGGUGCAUCACAUGGGCGGCCCUCGCGCCAAGAUCAAAACUUACACUUCUAGCAUCCCGUCGUAUUCUCCUCUGGUUAUGUUGGAUUUUUUGCAGUUCCUCUGGCGGAUUGAUAGACUCACUAGGACCGUAUCAGUAGAAGACCCAAUGAGUUCUCCUAAAGCUCAGCUUUAUGACAGCAUGACGCUUCAAUCCUACAUGGAACAACAUGUGUGGACAGCAGAGUUAAAAGAGGAGAUGGCCUUGUGCAGCCGUGCCGUGUUUGGCAUGGAACCCUCGCAGAUGUCCUUCCUCUACUUUCUCAUGUACUCCAAUGCAGCAGGGGGCGCCCUUAAACUUUUGGAGGCCACACCUGGUUCAGCACAGGAGUUCAGAGUCAAGGGGGGCACUCAACAACUGUCAGAGAAAUUGGCGGAGCAGAUCGGAAAGGAACGGGUUCGACUGGGUUCCGCAGUAAUGACCAUCUGUCAGAAUGCAGAGAACGUAGAAGUUAAGACUUCUGCAAGCACAUUCACUUGUCAGGCCGUCAUUGUUACCUGUCCUCCACACAUGGCAGCCCAAAUCCACUACGAGCCCCCCCUGCCAGCUGAGCGCCAGCGUCUUGCCCAGUGCGCACCCGUCGGCCACAUGCUGAAGUUUAUCAUCACGUAUCCCACAGCAUUUUGGAGGAACAAGGGAUUCUCUGGGGAAAUCGUGACUCGUCCCUCUGAGGAUUGCCCUUUAAGCGUCACAUUUGAUGCCACCAGCCCCAGAGGCAAUCCUGCACUGGUGGGGUUCAUCGCUGGCGUACAAGCCCGUGACUGGUGUGGAAGAGAGAUGAAGGAGAGAAGAGCUGCUGUCAUUUCCAGUCUGGUGAAGUAUCUCGGCCCCGAGGCGUCCACCUACAUUCACUACCAGGAGAAGGACUGGGCCAAGGAGGAAUACAGUGGAGGAUGUCCCGUGAAUGUGAUGGCCCCCGGGAUGCUAACGUAUUACCACCCCAGUCUUCGGAAGCCCUUCGGCAGGAUUCAUUGGGCAGGCACGGAAACAGCAACCCAGUGGUGUGGCUACCUCAGCGGGGCUAUUCAGUCUGGUCAGCGGGUAUCUGUAGAGGUCCUGUCUCAGAUCAGUCCAUCCUCUCUGUCUCAGGAAGAACUAUUGGCAGCACAGGCUUCUCUUAUAUCCCGUGACCUGAAAAAGAAUUCCGAAUGCGGGUCAUCUACCUCGUGCCGCAUCCUGGCUGUGGUUAUGACUGCGGCUACACUGCUGACUGCUUACCUCUUGGCCAGGCCCCAACUGGGACUCGAAUGGAUUUGAUGGGAUUUGCUUCUUUUUUGGAAUGGCCACUAAUUUGUGUCUUGGAAGACGUUGUAAUGUAAAGCUUACAUUAAAUUGGGGUGGUUGGGGAACAUUGAUUGUAGUUCAAUUUAAAAAAUGAUUCUGUCAUUAAAUUCUCUGCAUCUAUGUUGUUUCAAAGUCUUACGUUAUUUCUACCAUAAAAAAAUAAAGGAGACAUAAGAGUCA